AUGAGCGCUGCCGAAUUGACUUCUUUGCAAAAUGAAAUCAAGGAAUACAGGCUACAACUCGAGGCUGUUCAGCUGAGCCUACAAAACGAUCCUGACAACAGCGAACUACAGAGUCUCAAAUCAGAAGUUGAAGAAGUUAUUUCCCUCACCGAAGCUGCCAUUGCAGAACUAAAGCCUGCGUCAGUAACAGCAUCGACUGCAACGCCAUCCUCACCGCCGGAAAGAGCGAAAUGGUCGAAAGAGAACCAUCCCGCCUAUCAAGCGGGCUAUCGGAAGCCUGAAGUCGACGCAGAAGAAACCCACACUCCAGCAACCUUCUCGGUUAACGAUACCGUAUCCGCCAGAUGGAAGUCGGGAGAUGGCGGGUUCUACACUGCACGCAUCACUUCUAUUACGGGUUCGUCCAGUGACCCGGUCUACAUUGUCACAUUCAAAAAUUAUGGAAACACCGAGACGUUGAAAGCGAAAGAUAUCAAACCUUUGUCCAAUGAUGCCAGGAAGCGUAAGGCCGAUGGCAUGUCUGGGUCGUCCACACCCGUUGCGCCUCCGUCAAAUCCUAGUGUGAUCUCUGCUGCCGCCAGUGUCGAUCCGACUUUGGCGCAGCAAGCCCGGCGAGAGCCGAGCAAGGUCAGCGAUGGCCCCGUUCGACCCGCCAAGAUUCCGCGGAAAGUGAAGGCCAACAAAGAGCUGGAAGCGGGCAAAGCGAAAUGGCAAGACUUCGCAUCUAAAUCGAAGGUUGCAAAGAUGACCAAAAAGGACAGCAUGUUCAGGACAGGCGAGGGUGUCAAGGCGAGAGUUGGCUUCACAGGGAGCGGUCAUGAGAUGCGCAAGGAUCCCCACAGAACCCGACAUAUUUACCAGCAGGAUGGUCAGGACGACUAA